GCCGUCACCACCCUGCGCCCACUCUUGAGAUCUUCUCCCAGCCAUUAUUGCCCUCUCCCGCACCCCACUGCUUACUGCUCUCAAGACUGCUGUUCAAAGUGUCGACCCUUAACGCAUUGCAGACGACAAGGCGGCUGUCACUAUCUCGCGUUCGUUUGCCACUUCGGCGCGUGCAGCCACACCGAGGAGCCCCCUUUGUCGCGUCCUCAGUACACCUGCCCGCCUUCCUCCUUCCACCACACCAUCGCUCCAUGGCUUCCUCGACCGCCGCCAUGCAGCACCAGCUGCCCACUACAGCGACCUCGCACCCCAACGACCCAAUUCCCUCCGAGCCCCGCGAGGUGCCCCAGCUCGUCCUCAAGCCGACGCACUCCCCUUCCCAGCCCGAGCACACAUCGCCCAAGUCGUCGGGUGAGUCAAUACUAUGGAGCCAGAACAGCAGCGACGAAUCUGAGGCGCCCAUGACGCCUAACACCGAGCCCGACCAGGCCGUCGAGGAGAUUGCCGACAAACUGGAAGACCUCCCUACUGCCGCCGUCAACUUCAACGGCCAGACGCGCCCUCGACGCGCCUCCACCACGCUCAUCUCAGACAGCCCAGCAGACAUCCAACGGAUACUGGGUAACAGCGAGACCGCCACUAAGCUUAUCAGCCAGUGCUGCGGUGGAGGCUGCUGUCUGCUUAAGACUCUCCAGCCGGACACCUCGUCGCCAACCUUCGUUCCCGUCGUCAUCCCCGACAAUGCCGCCUUCAGCAGCCUCAACCUGAAGAUUGGCCCUCUUGCUCUCGACAGCGUGCUCACCGACACCACACCGCUGCCGCCAGUCAACAUGUCCUUUGAGCCCCUACCGUCCAAGGAGGUCAAGCACGUCUCCGAGGUCCACAAGACACCGCCCAAGUACGUCCAGCCACACCCACCGUACGAUGUCUACUCUGCGCCGCUGUACCACGCCCGCGAGUUGACCAAGCCCGGCGCCGAGAAGAGGACAAUCCACUUCGACAUCGACGUGACAGACUACCCUGACGAGGGUGGCGUCGACUUCAAGGUCGGUGGUGCCAUUGGUAUCUGCCCGCCCAACGAUCAGCGGAUGGUUGACGAGCUUUUCGACCUCCUUGGUGUACCAAAGUUUGUCCGCGACAAGCCAGUCACACUCAAGACCAAGACUGGACGAUGGCCCACGAUUUGGGGAGAGGACCAGGCACGCGAGCUAGUCACCACACGCCGCGAGCUGUUGACAUGGUGUGCAGACAUCCAGUCGAGCCCACCGACCAAGAACCUCCUUCGUGUUAUGGCCGAGUACGCCGACGCCCCCAACGAGAAGAAGAUACUUGAGUAUCUCUGCUCAGCACAGGGCCAAGCAGCCUUCUGCGAUCUCCGCACCACCUCCCACCUUACUAUUCCCCAGAUCCUCAGCGCCUUCCCGUCCUCGAAGCCUCCGCUACCAAACCUUCUCUCCAUCCUCACACAGCUCAUGCCACGGUUCUACUCGCUCUCCAACGACCCUCACAUCUCGUCUGCCCGCCCUGGCCUGCCUGGCUCGCGCCGUCUGAUCGAGAUGGCCGUGACCAUCCACGAGACACCGGAUUGGCACGCGCCCGGCGCUACACGUACUGGUGUUGGUAGUGGCUUUAUGGAGCGCAUUGCACACCAAUUCAUCACCGCUGAGCAGGAAGGCAUCGACCCUCGCAGCAUCUUCGAUCUUCGCAUCCCUAUGUUCCGCGGUCUCAUGGCCAAUCCGCUGUCCAAGCAGUUUGGCGGUGAGGGUCCAAUGGUCCUCAUUGGUGCCGGUGUUGGCAUGGCUCCUUUCCGAGGCUUCAUCCUGAACAGGCUGAAGAACGCCAACUGCGCCAACAAGAUCUGGUUGAUCCAGGGUGUCCGUGACUCCAUGUUGGACGAACUCUACUCCGGUGAGCUUGGCGACCACGAGCGCGAAAUCAAGAAGGUUGUUCAGAGCCGCAAGACACGCGUUAGCGGUCAGACUGAGGCCAAGUACGUCCAAGACGAGGUGCGUAUGCAAGCCGACAUCGUCUGGUUCGUCAUCAAUGCACUUGACGGUCGUAUCUUUGUCUGCGGUAGUAGCAAGGGCAUGGGCGAGGGCGUCGAGGAAGCUCUGAUCGACAUCACCAUGCAGAAGGGCAACCUCAGCCGUGAGGAAGCUCACGAGUUCUGGGCCAACAAGAAGAACGAUGGCCAGUACAUUGCCGAAACCUGGUAAAUCACCACACCCAUUCACCGCUGUAUAUACAUCGCAUUCUUUCUAUUCUUCGAUCGUCGUUACCACAUGGCAUUAGCGUUAUCAAAAGGCGCCAUUUAGACAAAACCUGCACGCGCAUACAUUUGAAGGAUUUACAACAACUGGGCUUUGGGUUUGAUUCCGUGUCAUCCUUUGAGAGGCACAUAGAGCAUGGCGUUAGAGGUGGCGAACCAUCGUUCACUUGAUUUGAUGCAGAUGGAGACUGGAAACUGGGGACUGGAUUACUCGUAGUUGAGCUUGCCUGGUUGGCUUGCACUUGUAUUGAUAGUUGAAUGGAAGUUGAAUAUCAUA